AUGAAUUCUCUAUGGCCCUCGAGGCCGCCUAAGGAGGAUAGCGAGACUAGCUCCGGCGAGCCCAACGCCGCAGCCGCGAAUCCAGGCGAACAGGCUGCCGAUACCACACCUGAGCAGUACAACCUCCUGCCCCCUCCGCCGCCACCGCCCGUCUCCUCGUCGCGCCCCGGCCUCGUCAGAAACUCAUCCAUCCCACCCGAGGCACCGACAGCACCGGCGCCUCCUGUACCGAUGCCUCCAGUCUCCAAUGCCUCCCAGCCGCCGACCGACUCGCUGUCUCUCAUGCAGCUUAGGAAGAUCGUGGCCGAGUUCAACAAGGCCGAACCUGUUGCGUACGACUUUGCCUACGAAGAUGCAGGACCACACGAGGAGGAGAUUGACGAAUGGUUCAGUUAUCAAUUCUGGCAGUGGGUGCGCCUGAAUGCUGUGCAGAGCGCCUUCGAGUCGCAAUGGCAGUCGCACUACGACAUGGCAUCGUGGACCGACGUGGAUGACGACGCGAGGACCGACUUUCUUCGCGAAGCGCUUGACAGCCUACAGGCUUCGGAACAGGCCGAUCGCUUGGACGCCGCCCGCGUGCUGUUGUACCUCUCGCUUGGACGCUGGGUCGACACGGCCGUCCCAACACGUCGCACACACGGUCUCAAGUCUGCCGCGAGCCCCUCACAGCUUGAUGCGAUUAAGUCACAGACCAUUUUCCUGACGUCACUUGACGGACUGCGCAUAGUUUGGCAGUCCAUCCAAGACUGUUUCGAGGCCUUCUGGUCCGAGGACCAGGGCUUCCCCCAGCCGGGAAGUGCCCAAGACGCCCAGGACGAGCUCCUCAACCUCAUGACUGUGCUCUACAUCGCCAUCCAAGAGACGUUGAGCGACCCAAGCGCACUAGAGGCGACGCGCUCAGCACUACUUGCCCUGAACCCCGGCUUGGUCAAUUUCAUGUCACUCGCGACAUCAAAAGUGCGGUGGGACGAGACAAACACGCUCCCGUUGAACCAGAUCCUCCUCCUUCUCUGGAAGUCUAUCCUCCUGGUCUUUGGCGGCAUUGAUGAGAUCGUUGCUGCCAAGAGGGCCGUCAGCGAGACCGACAAGGACGAAAAGUCUGCCGCCAUCAUCUCAGCAUCGCCCCUGGACUACCACACGUUCCGCCAAGAGCUCACCUCUAAAUACCCCGCCUACCUACCACCGGCACCUGCCAUAAACCUCGAGGCCGAGAGCACCACGAUCCUCCCCCCUCCUUCGAACCAACCCCCGAGAGCGUCUGCGAAUGGCAUCAUCCCCGUGGCGCCAAACACGCAAAGCGGUGGUGCUUCCAUCCUCAACCAACCAGUGCACAUUGCCACCCCGGCUCCUUCACCUCCACCGUCCCCUAGUAUUGGUGGUAAAGGUGGUAAGAAGCAAAACUACCAAACAAACCAGAACUUUCCCUUCAUGUACCCGCCCCUGGAUACCACCAGCAACAGCGCUGGCGGCAAGGGCGGCGCGGGUCUGCAGGACACAUUGGUGGGACGAAAGUGGAAGGGCAGCGACAUCCCGGCCUCCAUCCUGGAGGCCGGCAACCUCUUCUCCGACCGAGUUCGGCUCAGUCGGGCCAUGCGCCAGCUGUGGGAUGAGCGUGUCAGGUUUAUGCAGACCGGUCGCGGCUGGCAAGGGGAUUCCGAUGACGACGUCAACAGUAUCGAUCUCGACCCCGACAUUGACCCCGAGGAAGACCUUGGGCUUGACCUCAGCGACAUGACGCCUGAAGAGAGGGAGUUGAUUGCUUCGCUGAGAGGUGUCAGCAGUAAGCGCAAGGCCGAGAGUGAGCCGUUGGUUGAUUAUGGUCCUCAUUCCACCAUUGACGAGGACGUGAAGAGUCGUCUUUUGGCCGUUGAGAGUUUUUACCAAGAAAUGCUUCCUCAUCUACAAUCUCUAGUCAUUGUUCUUCUGCGGCCCAUCUUCAUGAAUGUCUCAGCUCUGUCCCAGCCCGGGCCAGCUCAACAGCAUCCGAGCAUGGCUGGGAGGGGCGCGAAUGCCGGCGUUAAUGGCGGUCCGGGGCAAGCGCGGCAACAGCAGGACCCUUCGGCACCAGGGGCUGGGGCGCCAGAACCUCCAGAGAUGUCUCCGGAAGAGGUCGAUGCGACGCGGUCGAGAGAGAUCACAACAAAAGCGGCCACCGGAACGCUCUUGCUGCUCCUAAAAUGGCUGAAGCUGUCACAUGUCCUCAAAUUCGAAUACCUCACACAGCUCUUGCUGGAUCACAACUACCUCCCCCUGGUCCUGAAGCUCUUUGCGCACCAGGAUAUACAGCAGGCUGUCGACAGCAAAACGGAUCGGAUAGAAAACAGUUUCUUCCACUUCUGCAACUUGAGGUCCAGCUUGGGAGCCCGAGAUGAGCCUCCAACCGUGCCGGCUCCAGAGGAUGAAGAUGAAUUGAUCGAGAGCGAGGACGAUGCGGCACCUCCGCCUAUUCGCAGGCAACGAUCGCCUUCGGCGGUUCCCAUUCCUGAGACGAGCGAGGAGGAACACGAGCCGCCGGAAGGUCAAACCUCGGCGCGACCCGAAGUCGACGAGCUCGGCUACCCAGUCAAUCCCUUACCGAUGGAGCCAAUCACGGACUUUUCAAGGCGGAACUUCCUCUCGCUCAUCAACUACCUCCGCAUCAUGCAGAAGAUCUGUAAACGCAAGGCGCACCGCAACCUGCUGCUCGUGCAGUACAAGUCGUCGAACAUACUACGCAAAUCGCUCAAGGUUCCGCAGCAGGAGCUGCGCCUGUACACGCUCAAGCUCUUCAAGAACCAGGUGCCCUACUGCGGCCGUAAGUGGCGCCAGAGCAACAUGCGCGUCAUCACGGCUGUAUAUCUGCACGUCCGGCCGGAGCUGCGCGACGAGUGGCUCGCGGGCAGCGACGUCGACGCCGAGGUGGAUUCGGCGCUGCCGCUGGAGCAGGCGAUACGCAGCCUGACGCACUGGUUCAACAUGCGCAAGUACCCCGAGCAGGUAGCCGGUGACCUGCGGUCGGCGUAUCGCGAGAAGCAGAGUUUCUUCAUGCGCGAGCUGGAGAAGCUGGGUAUGAACUGGCACGACGCAGGGGGGGACGAGAUGGUCAACAGCGAGUGA